GUACAUAGCACUGCAUUAAAUCGAUGUGACAGAUUUCCUAACCAUAAUGUCGUCAACUUUAAUGCUUAAUAUUUUGGUUUGCAGGCUUAGGCAUGACAUUUUACUAUCAGAUUCUUUCGUUUCAUGCGAAAAUGUGACAAAUAAGCAUAAUUUUAUUAAAAAUUUACAUCAAAUUACAUCGCUGCUGAAUAUUGCAAAUGUCGCCUUUACAAAUGCGAUGAUUCGUUAAGUCGAAUGAUGAAGAUCGAAUUUCGAUCAUAUGAAUCAUGUCAACACUCAUUGAGAUCAGCAAUAGCUCAUUCCCAAAUGAGGAUGAUUGCGUUAUCACUAUGAUCGAGCGAAUCGACUCGACGGUGACGUACAAUGAUUUCUUCUCGAAGUAUCUAAUGUGUAAUAAACCGUGCGUCAUCAGUUUUCAAGCAAUCAAGAACUGGCCAUGCAGGCAUGAAUGGGUACUAAACGGUGCACCUAAUUUCGAGAUGCUCCGCAAGCUGUUUGGACCUUCCAUUGUCCCAGUUGCUGAUUGUAAUAGAAAGUUUUAUAAUUCGCAAUUUAAGAAUAACAUGUCCAUGAAGAGUUACUUGGAAUAUUGGGCUGAUUAUAAGCGAAGCUGUUAUGAUAAAUCGAUGCCAUUAUUAUAUUUGAAAGAUUGGCAUUGCGUGAGAAGUUUCUCGAAUGUCCCAAUGUAUGAAGUACCUCAGUAUUUUGUAUCAGAUUGGUUAAAUGAAUAUUACAUUGCUCAUCCCGAAUUAAAUGACGAUUACAUGUUUGUAUACAUGGGACCAAAAGAGACCUGGACUCCAUUGCACGCGGAUGUUUUUACAUCAUACAGUUGGUCUGCAAAUAUUGUCGGAAAAAAAAGAUGGUUGCUCUUUCCUCCACACGAAGAAGAUCAUCUUCGUGAUCUUUACGGGCAAUUGGUAUACGAUGCGGUUUCAGAGGAACUCAACGAUCAUACGAAGUAUAAAAUGUAUGAUAGUGAAAAAUUAAAAUGUUUCGAUGUAAUUCAAGAAGCAGGAGAGAUUAUGUUUGUGCCAUCAGGAUGGCAUCAUCAAGUUUGGAAUUUGGAAGAUACAAUUUCUAUUAAUCACAAUUGGAUCAAUGGCUGUAAUAUCACUAAUGUAUGGUGUGCACUAAAAAAGGAAUUAAGAUCUGUUAUGAAAGAAGUUGACGACUGCAAGGAUAUGAAGAACUGGAAUGAACAUUGCCAAUUGAUGCUAAAAACCUCUUAUGGCAUGGACUAUAAACAAUUUCUGGAAUUUAUAUCGUUUAUUGCUAAGAAUCGUUUACAUGCUAUGAUAAAAAAGAGUCAAGUCAUAAGUUUUAAUAAGUAUCGUUUUGGACAUAAUCAUUGUCUAUUUGAUUUGCAAGCACUUAAAGUCAUAUUGGAGAAUAUUAUCAUAGACGCGCAAAAUCUGUCUGUGUACAAUUUGAUGUGUAAAAAUGAUGAAGCCCGCAUUUUACUGAAAAAUAUUGUUUCGUUUCUCAAUUCUUAUAAUAUUAUUGAAAAUGCAGUUUUUCUAUGAAUAUAAAAUCCAAUAAACUGUUAACGAAACAAGACAAACUGUUAAAAAACCAAUUGUAAAUUUUGUAGUAAAUAUAGCAUGUACUUUCAUA